AAUCAAGAAGUAAAGAAGAGGAAAAACACCCGCCCGCUCCCAAUUUCUUUCGCUCCGCUGCUCACCAACCUCAGAGCCGACUGAGCCAGAGCGGCUGUCAACUCCAACCCAGCUCAGCUGAUCGGUUGCCGCCGCCGCCGCCGCCAGAUUCCAGAGGGGGAAGAACAAGAAGCUGAGAGACCAGACAUGGACGUGAAUUUCGCUCCGCUCCGUGCCUGGGACGAUUUCUUCCCUGGCUCUGACCGCUUUGCCCGGCCGGACUUCAGGGACAUUUCCAAAUGGAACAACCGCGUGGUGAGCAACCUGCUGUAUUAUCAGACCAACUACCUGGUGGUGGCUGCCAUGAUGAUUUCCGUUGUGGGGUUCCUGAGCCCCUUCAACAUGAUCCUUGGAGGCAUUGUAGUGGUGCUGGUGUUCACGGGGUUUGUGUGGGCAGCACACAACAAAGACAUCCUCCGCCGGAUGAAGAAGCAGUACCCCACAGCAUUUGUCAUGGUGGUCAUGUUGGCCAGCUACUUCCUCAUAUCCAUGUUCGGGGGAGUCAUGGUCUUUGUGUUUGGCAUCACUUUUCCUUUGUUGCUGAUGUUCAUCCACGCGUCAUUGAGACUUCGGAACCUCAAGAACAAACUGGAGAAUAAAAUGGAGGGAAUAGGCCUGAAGAGGACACCAAUGGGCAUUGUCCUAGAUGCCCUAGAACAGCAGGAAGAAAAUGUCUCCAAAUUCGCUGACUAUAUCAGCAAAGUGAAGGAAUAAAUAUAAGGGCUGCCACGGACAUCCAGGUGUGGUUUGUCCUCAUGCAGACCUAGUUUCCAUUUGUGUUCUUGAAAUAGGAGGUGCCUGUACCACCCAACUAUCUCUGGCAGCAUGCAUGUAUAGGCCAAGCUGUUAACAUCUCUGAUGUGACAGAGGGAAGCCCUCAGAAACCGAAAGAAACUACCCUCCUAUUAUGCCUGAAGUUUCAAGUGUGUUUAUGCAACUGAUAGGAAAUGGAUCACACUUACUUCUUUAGAGAAAUAAAAACAAUUAUGGAUUGUACAGCAA